AUGAGAAGAAAAAAUCGACUCUUCAUAUCAGUUGCGCUACUGGGUGUCUUUUUAGUGGCAUAUUAUCGUCAAAUAGGUUCGUUAAAAUCGUUGGGACCCAUUCAAAAUAGCAGCAGUGACAGAGGUCGUUGCUGGAGUUAUUAUGAAGAUCUUUCGCCCGGGUGGUUAAAUGACUUCUACGAUGUAAAUCAAGUGAGCUCAACUCCUGCAAAUGAUGUGGUGGAACUGGUUACAAGGAUUUCGACCUUUUCUAAGUGCUUGGAGCGAACUGCUGGGCGUGAUAUUCAGCGUGUACGAAACAUUGAAAAGAAGCUCUUCCCGUAUAUCAACUUCGAAAAAUUGGAAAAUGAUGAAUUUAAUUUCUGGCACACAAUUACGAGGUGGAAUGGUGAGGUUUACCAUGCAUCUGUGUUAGAGUUUGACCUCAAAGAUCACCAUUUCAUUAAUUCUAAACCAAUCAACUUCGAUACAGAACUAUCUUUUUGGGAGAAUUGGUUGUACACUGUAACUCAAAGCGGUUCGAAAGGCAUAGUUAUUAGUGCUUCCGAUGGGCAGUUAAAUGAAGCCAUACGGCUACUGAAAAUAUUAAGGUUUCUCAAAAAUGAGUAUCCUAUACAAAUUGUUUAUAACGCAGACCUGAGUCGAGAUUCCAUCAAAUAUAUUACCAAAUACGCGAGAAACCGAGACACUCCAGAAUAUCCUGCCCAGGAAAUAUGGUUUCUGGAUGUGCAUAAUUUGCUAAGUCCGACGUAUUCGGACAAGUUUGCAACUUAUUCAAACAAAUGGUUAGCGUUGACCUUCUCAUCCUUUGAAAUUCCUAUUUUGUUGGAUUCAGAUACAGUGCCCUUUGUUUCAGUAGACAAGUUUUAUAAACUAGAGGAAUUUCAAAAGACUGGAGUUCUUUUCUUUAAAGAUCGGGAAAUAACAAAUGACCUCUUCGAACAAUCUGAAUUGGAAAUUUUGAAAGAAAUUAUUUAUGGGUGUAUCAAGCUUGAUCUAACGGACGGAUCUAAGAUACGUGAGCACAUAGAAGAUCCAACAGUUGCACAGGCGCUGGAAAACAUGUUCGUAAAGAGAUAUAGGCACCAUUUAGAGAGUGGCUUGGUAGUAUUGCAUAAGGGUAAGCAUCUCUUCAGUGUGCUUACUUCAAUAGCCCUACAAUUUUCUCCAAUUGCAGAAUAUUUCCAUGGUGAUAAAGACUUUUUUUGGCUGGGUGAAUUGCUAUCAAAGAAUCAUUUUACGUUCCAUCCUGUGGAUGCAUCAAAUAUUGGCCAGUUGGGGAAUGUUGUCUCAAAAGAAAGUACUGGUGAGUUUUACCAGAUUUGUUCCGUGCAGUUGUCUCAUACAGAUAAAGAUGGGUCCUUACUAUGGCUAAACGGAGGUCUUAACGUUUGUAAAAAGGCCUCAUGGGAAUAUGAUUAUGAGCACAGUCGAAGACUAGCGGAUAUUUUCCAAAGCGCAGACGCCCUACGUGAAUAUUAUGAAUCGCCAGUAAAGCUUGAAGGAAUUAUAAUUCCAGACGCUAAUAUAUCAGGAUGGAUUAAGUCAGGAGAGUGUUUUUUGUUUAAUUAUUGCACAUUAUUCAAAGAAGGAGAGUUUGGAAAGGUAAUCAAGUUUGAAGAAAACGAGAAACGCAGACUAUCACAAAUCGUUGACAUUUGGAAUGAAACUAUUCUUUAA